AGAGAUCGCCCGGCGUGCGCCUGAGAGAGAUGUGAUCGAAUCUGCUUUGGGGAGUGGCGCGUGCUUCUCGUGAAACGAAGAGCUCCUUUCUUCUCAGCCGCGUUGCUGUUGUGUCAGAGAUAAUCCCCGCAGUAUGUGACGAAAAUCGGAGCGAAUGGGUGAGGGAGAAUAAUUGCACGGGGAAGACGUGAGGAGAAAAAUCGCAGGAAAACGCGCGAACCGCCGAAGCGAGAAGAUCGAAGACGGUGGUUUCUCACGUGUAUAUAUAUAUAUAUGUCGCCCUUCUUUUGUCUCGCCGAUAGACGAGUCCCUAAAAAGGACGCCGCUUUUUGAUGCACACAUCAAAUACCGAUCGUGUAUAUCAGGAUUCUUUUAUCGGUAUGAGUAUACUCUGCUAAUAGAAUCGGUAGCAGGAAGAUCACGAGCUCCUAAUGCUUCGUGGUGCAAUCUAAUGGAAGAAUUUGUUUGCUUUACUUCGUCACUUUCUCGGAAUGUCAUCCUUAUCAAGUAAUAUUCAUUCCGAAUCUCCUCAAGAUAUGGGUGUUGCGAUUUUUUUUUCGCCAUCGACUAGAUAUCUCUCGCGCAGUUCAAAGGACACCGAGAGCGAUCGCGAAGUCAGGUCUCUUGGGACGAAAGAUGGAGACUCAGACAUUUUUCGUGCCGAACGAUACGACGUUUUUAAACUCAGAUACGCGCACAAGUGGUGUUUUGUGAAACGGUGAGUCAAUGUCCCAAGACGGGUAUGCAUUGUGCGAACGAACAACAAACGAUAGCGAAUGUAUAGUGUGAAUGUGUACGUAUCGCGUUUGGAAUGCGAACUUGACUGACGAAUCGCCUUAAGGUGGGUAUACACUGAGCGAGCGAACAGCGAAUGUGUAUAUUACUGAAUUUCUUUGGUAAACCACCUUAUGAAAAAAGCGGCCCGAAACGCUGCGUUCGUAUGCAUCGUCCGAAUAAUGAAAUCUUGCAUUUGAUCGCACUUCGUUCGCUCAGUGUACAGUCGUGGACUGUAAAGUUAUACUAUUUUUUUCUUUUUUCUUUAUGAGUUUCACAACGCAUCUCGAGUACAAUAGGAAAAUGCAUCUCCUGAGAAUAACCAAAAAACGGACUCUCUUAUUGGACACAAGAUGUGUUCCGAAACUUGUUAAAAAUAGCGUCGCAACUUUUCUGUCCGCAACUGCACACCCGGCUUUUUGAGCAAAUCGGCCCGAAUCCUGUUCGGAUUCGAUGAGUAAGAAAUUAUCGCGGUGAAAAAUUAAAUUAACAUUACAUUCACCUAUUCACAUUCAUCUUGUUGGCAUAUGCACCCUGAAGUAACACGAAAUUUCAAUGAAUUGUUUUUCACGCGACAUUUGUUACUGUAUAUAUUACACAUUGCCCAAAUUGUAACAACGAAAGCCUGCUAUUCGUUCGCUCAGUGUACACAGUGAGAAAAUCUUGUUGAAUUUAACACAUUGUCCUAAACGAGAUAUUUUAACACUUUCACAUGUCGAAUAUCGACUCAGUACAAAGAAUAUUGAGAUAACACAAGCAUGAUAUAUGUUGGAACAACACAAACGGGUACAUUGAAAAUUGUAACAAGAGCCAACUUUACAUGAGGAUCAACAUAACUUACAUAAAUUAACAAAAAUCAACAUAACUAGAAAAUCGUUUCCCAUUUAUGUGUGCACCCUUUCGGCUUUCGAAAGUUACUCGGCGCGAUUCUCGAAGUUUCUCGAGUAACUGGGGAAUAUGUGAAUUAACAAUAAAUCUACUGUCGCUCGUUUGUUCGCUCGACUCUGUCUAAUCACGCCUGAUAAGAUAAACGAAAUUCACUGCGAGCGCUUCCUACGUGUGGGUAUCCAUUUCCAGUCCCUCCAGACGGGAUGCUUCCGAAGGCCGCGCAUUAUUGCCGACGAAACCUUCAAUCUGCGAUUCGAUCGCCGGUUGCCGAUCGCGGCGACUUACGCGGCCCGAUCUAAUGGCCUACAUGCAACACGUCACUUAACUCCUAUUAUUACAGUUCAAUCUAUUUUUUGCUCCUUUCCGAGCGAUGUCAGGGAGCCGCAUCAUAGAACGAGCCGGACAGUGCAUAGUUAAUUAGGAUCAGCGUUUGUGGCCGGCGUCGACGGAAUCGACCCUCCUAUUCCGCGCGUCUCUUCGAACGUUUAUCUCGCGUGAGAGAAACUCUUCGACUGCCUCGUCGGGGACGUCGGAUAGCGAGGAGAGAAAGAAAUCGACCGUCCGGGCGCUCGGAAAUAACUUCACGAACCAACGGCGAGUUCUCGCGACUCUCACGCUCUCGCCUUCAGAAACAAAGGAUGGAUUGUAACUUUGGAACGAGCAAGAAUUUCAUCGAGAAAACACUGAACUCGUGUCCGGGGUUCCUCGAUAAUCCCUCCAAGUCCUAUUGCUGCGUCGACAUAGCUAAUGAAAGAACCUAUUGUUGCACCGCCGAGGAGUUCGCACUGAAAACUGGACUCGGUAUCGUCGUGCCGGUGAUAAUCGUAGCGGCUAUAAUCAUCUCGCUCAUAGUGUGCUGUAUAUCCUGCCUCUGCUGCAGCUGCUGCCCAUGGUAUCGUCGGCGUCAUCGAGGCACUGUCUAUGGAAUAUUUGUUCCAGAAGUUCAGGCACCUAAUGUUGUGCAUGUAGUUCAGUCAACGCCGAACGUGCCACCGAGCUACGCCAGCCAAGAGAAUCAGAAUCACUACGUGCCAUAUCCGACGAACCCAGCAGGUUUUCCGCAACAUCCACCGCCGCAAUACACCAGCGAAGCGUACGCUAAACAGGCGCCUUACAAUCCCGCCUAUCCUCCACAGUGAUCUUCCUGAUUUCCUAGUUACGCAUCUCGUGGGAUAUUAUGGACGGCAGAUUCGCCAAGUUCCUUCCUCCGGUCGUCCAUACAAGAAUGUGAUCCUCGCCGUUAAGGCGAGCGCAUCCCAUCACGUCGAGAAGAAUACCUUACGUUCAUCCACCGGUUGUCAAAACGCAGCCAACGGGCUGCCCGUGCUUUUCUAAUCUUGAUCGCUGCCAUAAAAAUAUCCUCGCACAAAGUGCACAAAGGUUCAAACCCGCAUCGCUUAAAAGAAUACCCAGAAUCAUAAACUUGCUCGGCGACACAAUAUUCAUGACGAUACUUUUUUAUUGUAUUACACGCGUUUACAUGCAUUUGUUAAAUAUAUACUCUGCCAUUUCGAGGAAAUAUUUCGUGAGUUUUGCCAAACGGCGGAGCAAAAUUGAACGUGAACUUCGUCAUGAGGAGACUUUGAUAUAAUAUGAAGUUCGAAGGAGCGGAAGAAAGAGAGAGAAAGAGAGAGAAAGGAAGGAUAGGUAUGCUGAACCAUCGAACUUCUACAAUAUCAAAACAGGUGUGAUUGUUAAACGGCAACUGAUCAAAUUAACAAGCUAAAAUACUCUUGACAAGGAUCUAUUCACUAUUGUAAAUAAAAUAAAGUUAGUGUGCAAAUUACACAUUUUGGACCAAUA